AUGCCAGCCGAAAUCGAUAUUUACACCCAUGUUCCAACUCACCCCGUUCACCUGGACCACAACACCCAAAUCCCCGACUUCAGCCUAGCAGGCAAGGUAAUCCUAGUCUCGGGCGCCGGUAGAGGUCUAGGUCUAGCGCUAGCAGAGGCUCUGUUAGAAGCGGGGGCAAAGGUAUACGCUCUGGAUUAUCUGAAAGAGCCGGCACCGGAGUUCAUCGAAGUCCAGCAGCAUGCCAAGGUAUGGUGUACCGAGUUGCAGUACCGCUGCGUCGAUGUGCGCGACACAGACUUGCUCAAUAUUGUCAUCGAGGACAUCGCCAACCGCGAGCGUCGUCUAGAUGGCCUGAUCGCGGCUGCUGCUAUUCAGCAGGAGACAUCUGCUCUGGAGCACUCUGCUGCAGAUACUAAUGCCUUGCUCGAGGUUAAUGUCACGGGUGUGUUUAUGACUGCCCAGGCUGUUGCGAGGCAGAUGAUUCGUUUUGGGAAUGGGGGUAGUAUCGCUUUAGUCGCUAGCAUGAGCGGUACUGUUGUUAAUAGAGGUCUAAUCUGCCCCGUCUACAACGCAAGCAAAGCAGCCGUCAUCCAACUAGCCCGCAAUCUCGCCGCCGAAUGGGGCCAGUAUAACAUUCGGGUCAACACCCUCUCCCCGGGCUACAUUCUCACCUCGAUGUUGGAGAUGCUCUUCAUCGAGUAUCCUGACCGUCGCGAGCAAUUUGCUACAGAGAAUAUGCUUGGCCGUUUAUCCCAUCCCUCGGAGUACCGCGGUGCUGCUGUUUUCUUGCUUUCUAAUGCUAGUAGUUUCAUGACUGGUAGUGAUCUCCGUAUAGACGGUGGUCAUGCUGCGUGGUAA